CUUUACUCGCUCAGGGUGUGUAAGCACAGCACAGGGUGCAGAGGAGCUGCUUCACCGAUUCACUGGUUCUCUACUGCGCUGCUCGAGCAACAUUGGACCUUCUGCCAAUUACAGUGAUGGUUAUUAUUUAGUGAUAAGAACGUGCAGUUUAAGUUGAUGUUUAGUUUAGUUUAGUUAUUAUCGUAGCUGCAACUAAUAGCAGUGCAUCUGUCCGCAGUGAGAGAUGGUCUCUGAGGUGAUGUUGCCCUGAAACCUUUUAGCAGUUCUCUUGUGGUUCUCAAAUGGUUCAUGUGGAACGUUUGUGAAACCUAGAGAGCGAUUUACAGAUUUCCAAAGGUGUUUCAAGGACAUUGGAGGAACCUUCAAGCACAUUUGGGUUUUCCUGAAGGAUCUUAAAGAACAUUCCUGAGAUCCUCCAACUCACUCGGGCUCCCUAAAGGCUUUUGAAGAACACUUCCAAAAAGCCUGAGGACAAUUUGCAAUGAAUAAUUGUGAUUCUUGAAGCUCACUCGGGAUCCCGUAAACGCUUUUAGACAUCGUAAACCUCAUUGGUGUUCCCUAAAGUUUCUGAAGAGCAUUUUUGGAACACUUGAGCGUUUGUUAGGACAUUUGUGAAGCUCUGAAGCCCAUCAGGGUUCUCUUAGGGUUUCUGAAGAACGUUUGUGGAACCCUGAGUGUGAAUCUGUCACCAUGCCGGGCUCGGUGACGUUGCGGAGCAUCAAGAGGUUCGGACAAGAGAACAAUGGAUACGAGCCUAAUGACGAAGGCCAAAAUGGGGAAUACAUGACCAUGGCGGAAUCAAACGACUCGAAGGGGGCAAAAACAUCCUCGAACGACUCAAAGAAGUCUGGAGAGAAAACAGAGCAACCUGCCAUCAGGGUUGGAUUCUUUCAGCUGUUCCGCUUCUCCAGCUGUCGUGAGGUGCUGAUGAUGCUGAUGGGUAGUUUCUGUGCGGUGCUGCACGGCUCUGCUCAGCCCCUCAUGUUGCUGGUGUUCGGCAUGCUGACGGACACCUUCAUAGAGUACGACAUGGAGCUGCAGGAGCUCACCAACCCGGAGAAGCACUGCCUCAACAACACCAUCCAGUUCCGCAACCUCACGGACGAGCAGAACGAAUAUCUCAACAUGACCAAGCCCUGUGGCAUCCUGGACAUUGAGUAUGAAAUGACUAACUUCGCAUAUUACUACGUUGGCAUCGGAGUAGCUGUAUUCAUCCUCGGAUACUUCCAGAUCUCUCUCUGGGUGACGUCUGCAGCUCGUCAGAUACAGAUUAUCCGGCAGAUGUAUUUCCGGAAGGUGAUGAGGAUGGAGAUUGGCUGGUUUGACUGCAACUCCGUAGGAGAACUCAACACACGCAUGUCGGAUGACAUCAACAAAAUCAACGAUGCCAUAGCGGACCAGGUCAGCAUCUUCAUCCAGCGCUUCACCACCUUCGUCUGUGGGUUCGGCAUGGGCUUCGUCAAGGGCUGGAAACUCACCCUCGUCAUCAUCGCAGUGUCACCGCUCAUCGGAGUCGGAGCAGCGCUCAUGGCACUGUUUGUGGCUAAGCUAACAGGGCAGGAGUUGCAAGCAUAUGCCAAAGCAGGAGCUGUGGCGGAUGAGGUGCUCUCUUCCAUACGAACGGUAGCAGCCUUUGGAGGAGAGAGGAAGGAGGUGGAGAGAUAUGACCAUAACUUGAUCUCUGCCCAGCGUUGGGGGAUCCGUAAAGGCCUCAUCAUGGGUUUCUUCACUGGCUACAUGUGGUUCAUCAUCUUCCUCUGUUAUGCUCUGGCCUUCUGGUACGGAUCUAGUCUGGUGGUGGACGCACAGGAGUACAGCCCAGGAACACUGCUACAGGUGUUCUUCGGUGUGCUGAUUGCAGCGUUGAAUCUGGGCCAGGCGUCUCCGUGUCUGGAGGCCUUUGCUUCUGGCAGAGGAGCCGCCACCAUCAUCUUCGAAACCAUCGACAGGGAGCCAGAGAUUGACUGCAUGUCUGAGGCCGGCUACAAGCUGGAUAAAGUCAAAGGAGACAUCGAGUUCCACAACGUUAACUUUUUCUACCCCUCCAGACCCGAGGUCAAGAUCCUGGAGCAGUUGAGUCUGCAGGUGAAGUCUGGAGAGACAACGGCGUUUGUGGGGCCGAGCGGAGCAGGGAAGAGUACAGCUGUCCAGCUCAUACAACGCUUCUACGACCCUAAGGAGGGCAUGGUGACAUUGGAUGGCCAUGACAUCAGGGGUCUGAACAUCCAAUGGCUGCGCAGCCUGAUGGGCGUGGUAGAGCAGGAGCCCGUCCUAUUCGCCACCACCAUCGCCGAGAACAUCCGCUACGGACGCCCCAAAGUGUCAUCAGAUGACAUCAUCAAGGCUGCCAAAGAGGCCAAUGCUUACAACUUUAUCAUGGACCUGCCACAGAAAUUCGACACGCUGGUAGGGGAGGGCGGUGGCCAGAUGAGUGGCGGGCAGAAGCAGCGAAUCGCCAUCGCGCGCGCCCUCGUCCGCAAUCCCAGAAUCCUCCUCUUGGACAUGGCCACCUCUGCUCUCGACAACGAGAGCGAAGCCGUCGUACAGGAGGCCCUGGACAAGGGGAGUAUGGGCCGUACCACCAUCUCCAUCGCCCACCGUCUCUCCACCAUCAAGAACGCAGACGUCAUCGUGGGAUUCGAGCGCGGCCGAGCGGUGGAACGCGGUCGUCACGACGAACUGCUGGAGAGGAAAGGAGUCUACUUUACACUGGUCACGCUGCAGAGCCAAGGAGACCAGGCACUUAACGAGAAGGCUCGCAAGAUGGCAGAGGAUAAAGCCGAUGAAGAAGCAGGGAAGAACAGCCUGCUGGUCAGAGCAGGGAGCUACAGAGCCAGCUUACGGGCAUCUAUUCGCCAGAGGACUAAGUCUCAGCUGUCCAGCAUUGUUCCAGAAUCUUCAGUUGGCAUUGCGGGAGAGUUGGGACCACGAUCACAGGCCACAGCUCUUCCUGAUGAUGAUGAUGAAGAGGAGGUAGUGGAGCCCGCUCCUGUGGCGCGCAUUCUGAAGUACAACGCCCCCGAGUGGCCGUACAUGUUAUUUGGUUCCAUAGGGGCCGCAGUGAACGGAGGAGUCAACCCUGUAUAUUCACUACUCUUCAGUCAGAUCCUCGCUACGUUCACCAUGCCUGAUCCAAUAGAGCAGCGUAAUGCCAUUAACGGCAUCUGCCUGUUCUUCGUGCUGGUGGGACUCACAUCCUUCUUCACACAGAUGCUGCAGGGCUAUGCGUUCUCCAAGUCUGGUGAGCUGUUGACGCGCCGGCUGCGUCGUCUGGGUUUCCAGGCCAUGCUGGGCCAAGAGAUUGGCUGGUUUGAUGACCACAGGAACAGCCCUGGAGCCCUCACCACACGACUGGCUACAGACGCCUCACAAGUACAGGGGGCAACAGGCUCUCAGAUCGGCAUGAUCGUGAAUUCCCUGACAAACAUUGGCGUGGCGAUCAUCAUCUCCUUCUACUUUAGCUGGAAGCUAACGCUAGUCAUCCUCGGCUUCCUGCCGUUCCUCGCCCUCUCCGGGGGCUUCCAGGCUAAGAUGCUAACGGGGUUCGCCAAACAGGACAAACAAGCCAUGGAGAACGCAGGACAGAUCUCAGGCGAAGCUCUAAACAACAUCCGCACCAUCGCCGGCCUGGGUAAAGAGCGUAGCUUCGUGGAGGCAUACGAGGUGCAGUUGGAGGCCCCGUACCGAGCGGCACUGAACAAGGCUAAGGUGUAUGGAGCCUGCUACGGCUUCGCCCAGUGCAUCGUCUUCCUCGCCAACAGCGCCUCCUAUAGGUUUGGAGGGUACCUGGUCAGGCAGGAGGGACUGCACUUCAGCAUGGUGUUCAGGGUGAUCUCUGCGAUCGUGACGAGUGGUACAGCGCUGGGCCGAGCCUCCUCCUACACUCCUGACUAUGCCAAGGCCAAGAUCUCUGCUGCCCGCUUCUUCCAGCUGCUGGACCGAAUACCAUCUAUCAGUGUCUACAGCACCCAGGGAGACAAAUGGAGUGAUUUCCGUGGGGAGCUGCAGUUUGAGGACUGUAAGUUUACAUACCCAACACGUCCAGACAUCCAGGUCCUGAAUGGACUGACGGUGAGUGUGCGACCCGGCCAGACUUUAGCCUUCGUGGGCAGCAGUGGAUGCGGAAAGAGCACCAGCAUCCAGCUACUGGAACGCUUCUAUGAUCCAGACCAUGGCAUUGUGUUGGUGGAUGGCCACGACUCCACUAAGGUGAACGUGGCGUUCCUGCGCUCCAAGAUCGGCAUUGUGUCCCAGGAGCCCAUCCUGUUCGACUGCAGCAUCGCCGAGAACAUUCGCUACGGCGACCAUAACCGCGACAUCAGCAUGAACGACAUCAUCGCCGCCUCCAGGAAGGCUCAGCUGCACGACUUUGUCAUGAACCUGCCGGAGAAGUAUGAGACUAACGUAGGUGCCCAGGGUUCUCAGUUGUCUCGUGGUCAGAAGCAGCGGAUAGCCAUCGCCCGAGCCAUCAUACGCGACCCCAAGAUACUGCUGCUGGAUGAAGCCACCUCCGCACUGGACACAGAGAGCGAGAAGACAGUGCAGGAGGCUCUUGAUAAGGCUCGUGAGGGCCGCACGUGUAUCGUGAUCGCCCAUCGGCUCUCCACCAUCCAGAACUCAGACAUCAUCGCGGUGAUGUCACGUGGCUACGUCAUCGAGCAGGGCAACCACGAGCAGCUGAUGGCCAAGAAAGGCGCCUACUACAAACUAGUGACCACCGGCGCCCCCAUCAGCUGAGGAAGAUACGCACACACACACACACUAUCACCCCAAGACACGGUCGCUGUUAAAAAUUACUGUGCAGCAGAAACCUCAUACCGCCAUAUCUAUUUUUUAAAACAUUAUUUUAUAUUCGUUCUUUAUUCAUUAUAAAAUGUAAAUCAGAACUACUGGUCGGUCUCCACGAGUAUAUGUGUAUGUUAAAUUAUUUAAUAAUCAACUUUAAUGUUGGAAUGAUUGUUUAUUACUUAUUCAUUUAUAAAUUCCUGUCUACAUAAUCAAUGAAAAGUGGAGAUAAAAGGUUUCUGCCUGACAGCAACUAUUUUGUUAAAACAUUUAAAACUCAUGAUCAGUAUUUUACAUUUUAUAUUCUUCAACAGAUAAUUGAUCAAUAAAGCCAUGAAUAAAAGUCUUAAAUAAUA